ACCGGACGUCGCUCACAUGGCUGGCGCAUAUGUGUGACGUAUAUAUUGUUCGACGGCAUUAAAUGUAUUAGUUGAGGAUGAAGUUAGCGGCUACUUGCGCAACACUUUAAUUUUUACAUGCUACGUUUUUAACUGGACACGUUCGUCCCCUUUAAUUUGGCAUGGAUGACUCUCAGAGGGGUGUUGAAGGUUGUGCGGAGCCCAGAAGUAAAACCAAUGAGACGGACAAGAAGAAAAGAUCCAGGGUGAAGCAACUUUUGGGUGAAGUCAAGAAACAAGUGGAGUUCUGGUUCGGAGAUGCAAACUUAAGCAAGGACCGCUUCUUGAAAAAGCUCAUCGAGGAGUCAGAAGAUGGAUAUGUUGACUUAUGUGUGCUGGCAAGCUUCAAUCGCAUGAAGAAGCUGACAAGUGACACCAAGCUCAUCGCCAGGGCGCUGAAAAACUCAUCCGUGGUCCAGGUUAAUUUAGAGGGUGAUAAAGUAAGGCGGCAGAAACCGAUUGGGGAUUUACCAAAUGACGUGGACAGCCGCACAGUCUAUGUGGAACUUCUGCCCAAAGAUGUGACUCACAGCUGGAUCGAGAAGGUCUUCUCUAAAUGCGGAAAUGUUCUUUAUGUGAGCAUCCCAAGGUACAAAAGCAGCGGACACUCCAAGGGUUUCGCCUUUGUGGAGUUUGAGUCGUCUGAACAAGCAAAUGAAGCCAUUGAGAUGCUGAACAACCCUCCUGAAGAUGCGCCUAGGAAGGCUGGAAUUUUUCCCAAGACGCUACACGGGAAGGCACUUCAGCUACCACCAGACAAUCCACCUUCUGGUGGAGCUGAAGAGGAGAAGAAAAAACGCAAGAAGAAGAAAAGGAAGGUGGAGACGCCGGCUGAAGAUACCAAAGUGCUGCCGAUGGAAGCUGAUUUGACGGGUCAGCAGCAGCUGAAGAAGAAGAAAAAGAAGCAGCACUCAGAUGCCGGUGAAAUAUCAGAGAAAAAAAGACGACGUUCGCACUCAGCGGACGAAUCAGAAACGGAAGUGCCCUCCAAGAUGAGGAAGAAAGAUGACGACGCCUCAGGAAGCAAUGCUCCUAUGGAAGGCAAGAGGGGCGUGGAGGAUGGCAAAGAAAACCAAGACGACUCUCUGGUCAAAGUGAAGCGCAAGAGAAAAAAGAAACAUAAGGAAAAGCUGAAAAUUGAAGAGGAGGUCAUUCCACUCAGAGUGCUAUCCAAGAAAGUGUGGCUUGACCUCAAAGCGGAGUACCUGAGGCUCCAAAAAUGCAGCAUGUCAUCUUUGAAGAAACGCAUGACAGAGCUGGACGGCGAAGAUCGCUGCACAGCGACAGGGGGCGAAGGCGAGACUCGGAUUGAGACGAUGGAGGCUGCGAGUCAGGGUCCCCAGUUCACCAGCGGCGUCAUCGUAAAGAUUACAGACAACAAGGCGCUUCCUGGGAGGAAGAUGAUCAAGGAUACGCUUUCCAAAAUCUCCCCUGUUGCUUAUGUGGACGUCCUGGAAGGAGAUGCCGAGGGCUUUGUGCGCUUCCACAGCUCGGAGGAAGCACAGGCCGUCAGCGAUGCCGGGGCUGACCUGCAGAGAGAACAUAGUUGGCAACUGGAGAUCCUCUCAGGUGACCACGAACAAAGGUACUGGCAGAAGAUCCUUGUGGAUCGUCAGGGCCGACUGAACCGUCCCAGGGAUAAGAAGAGGGGCAUAGAGAAACUCAUAUCCAAAGCGGAGAAGAUCAUCAUGGCUCGGGCAAAGGAGGCUCAUAAGCACAUUCGCUUCCAAGAUGACUGAUUGCUCUACUUUUACACGCCAGCAGGUUUUUCCUAUGGCAGUGGUCUGUAUCGAACAUGAUAGAUUUCUGUGAUUAUGAUUCCCCCAGUGGAGAUGUCACAAAAUUUGUUUUUUUUAAUGUAAUUUUACAGCAAGGCUAUUUAAUUAAUCAUUAAAAAGGUGCAUGUCUGGAGUAUGCAUUAAAGGAAACAAGCAUUUUGAUUAAUAAUAUGCGCAAAUGGAGAAUUGAUUAUUGUAGUGUGCAAAACAAUGCACUAAAAUUUAAAACAGAAAAUUCAUUAAAAAAUGAUGAGUUGAGGGAAAAAAUAUUAAAUAUUUAAUGUUAUGGAUAAACAUUAAUGUUUGUAUUUUAUAUAAGAAUUUUAUAUGAGAAUCUUAAUCUGAUCCACCAGCUGUGUCCUUUUUUUUUAACCUUUAACAUCAGAGCUGUCCAUGACACAUAGCUGUUGUGCUACGUUAGUCAUAAAGGAAUAUAUAUUUAUAUAUAUAUAGAUAACCAUUCACUCACAUUCAUACCUAUGGAAUCAAACCAUGUGUGGCCUACGCGCUAACCACCACGAGCACCGUGCAGCCCAUACAGGAAACAGUCAGAUGCAAUCUCCAAACAACACAACACGUUUUCAAACCCGUGAUGCACAAUUUUAACCUACCUACUGCACCACGCAAAUUACCCAUGCCAAAAUUCCACCCAUAGUUCUGCCGCAAGACAUGCUAGGUGGCUUGUACUCUGUCUCGUAACAUUUUGCCAUGUUGUCUAAUUUUUGCUAAUUGCAAAAUAUGUGGAGGUCGUCAUCAUGGACGUAAACAAGGACGUAACAUACUCUUGAUAUCCAAUGUUUCAUUAUUCAUUCAUUCUUAUUCUACCGCUUUUCCUCACAAGGGUCACAGGGGUGCUGAAGCCUAUCCCAGCUGUCUUUGGGCAAGAGGCGGGGUACAUCCUGGAUUGGUCGCCAGCCAAUCAAUCACAGGGCACAUAUAGACAAACAACCAUUCACACUCACAUUCAAUUUGGAGUCUCCAAUUAACAUAGCAUGUUUUUGGAAUGUGGGAGGAAACCGGAAUCCCUGGAGAAAACCCACACGCACGGGGAGAACUCCACACAGAGAGGGUGGAAUUGAUGUUUCAUUAUUCAUAGCUCAUAUUUUUUUUCUGUUUGAUUACCCAGCAUGCUUUGCAGUACUUGUAAAUAACAGUUUGUGUUGUUUACCUCUUAGCUGUUUAUCACCCAUGUAGAAGUAGAAGUUGAUUUAUGUGAUGUGUUAAUUUGCUGUAGAUAUGUUGUUUUUGUUUAGUUGUACUGUUUUAUACACAUAAGUACUGCAUUGUUAGAGAGUAUAUAGUAGUGUUGAGCACUACCACGCACAAAUUUGACUUCCUCCUAUUGUUUAACAUUUUUAAAUAUUUUGAAAUGUGCUCACAUCUUUUGGUGGGUGUUUUGCUUGCUGACGCAGAAGAGCUGACCUGACCUGUGUAUGCAUGAUUCAUAGACACAUACAUAUAUUCAAAUCCUUCACAGCCCACCCACUAGACUGCCUUCCAAUAACGUGUGUCGUGUGCACUUGGAGACAAACGUUUAAAAAAUUGCCAACUUUUAAAAUAAUUUUCUUUCACCAUCUGUCUUGUUUAUCUAUUUUUUUUCC